AUGUUGAGAACGGUAGCAAGACAAGCGGUAUUGAGAUCACGUGGUGGGGAAGUUGCCAGGAGGGCGAUGUCUAGUUUCGUGGUGUCUGGGUCGAACCGGACAUCACGGGCGCGGGGUUCGGUCGCUGGGGCGCCUUUGGUGAUGUCACGUGGUUUGAAGGAGAUUAGUUUUGGUGGUACCACUGAAACGGUGUAUGAGAGAGCAGAUUGGCCCAGGGAGAAGUUGCUGGAGUAUUUCAAGAAUGAUACGAUAGCUUUAAUUGGUUAUGGGUCUCAAGGAUAUGGACAGGGGUUGAAUCUGCGUGACAAUGGGUUGAAGGUUAUCAUCGGUGUGCGCAAGGACGGGGCUUCUUGGAAGGCCGCUUUGGAGGAUGGGUGGGUUCCUGGAGAAACGUUGUUUGACGUGAUGGAGGCUGUUCAGAAGGGUUCGAUUGUGAUGAAUUUGCUUUCAGAUGCAGCUCAGUCUGAGACGUGGCCUAAAUUGAGGCCAUUGUUGACCAAGGGUAAAACUUUGUACUUUUCUCAUGGGUUUUCGCCUGUUUUCAAGGAUUUGACGAAGGUUGAGCCUCCAAAGGACAUUGAUGUGAUUCUUGUUGCUCCUAAGGGGUCUGGAAGAACUGUCCGGACAUUGUUUAAGGAGGGUCGCGGAAUCAACUCUUCGUAUGCUGUCUGGAACGAUGUUACUGGUAAGGCGCACGAAAAGGCUCAAGCACUUGCUGUUGCUGUCGGGUCUGGGUAUGUGUACCAAACCACUUUUGAAAAGGAGGUGAAUUCUGACUUAUAUGGUGAAAGAGGUUGUUUGAUGGGAGGUAUUCAUGGUAUGUUUUUGGCGCAAUACGAAGUGUUGCGUGAAAAUGGUCAUUCGCCAUCUGAAGCAUUCAAUGAGACUGUCGAGGAGGCUACUCAGUCUCUGUAUCCCUUGAUUGGCAAGUAUGGUAUGGACUACAUGUAUGAUGCUUGUUCUACCACUGCGAGAAGAGGUGCUCUAGACUGGUAUCCUAUCUUCAAAAAGGCUUUGAAGCCUGUGUUCCAGGAUUUGUAUGAGUCCACCAAGAAUGGUUCCGAGACCAAGAGGUCUUUGGAGUUUAACUCCCAGCCAGAUUACAGAGAGAAACUGGAGGCUGAAUUACAGACUAUCAGAAAUAUGGAAAUCUGGAAGGUUGGUAAAGAGGUUAGAAAGCUAAGACCUGAAAACAAUUGA